AUGAAAAAGGAUGUGCCAGAGAUUAUUGUCUGCAGCCCUGAGGAGGAGGAGGGCCAUAAGACAGAUGAGUGGUUUGAUGCCUAUUUCACGGGCAUCAGGCCGCUCUGCCUGAAGAGGCAAGCUCAAGUGCAGGGUGACAAGGGCUGCUUCUUCGUUGGAAAGAAGGGAGGUGCCGUGGCCAAUGUCAUGUCCGACUUGGACCGUCUCUGGAACCAAGCCCUCGCCCCCUCCAAAGAUGACCGGGUCAGUGCCGGAUUUGGGGAUGACCAUUCAUUUUACUUCAAGUGGAGGCAUACGCAACUGGAACAGUGUGUGCUGCAUGUCUCAGCUUGCUGUGGCAGACACCGACCGACGGAAGAAAAAGUGAAAGCUAUUGUGGCCAAGGAGAGGUGGGAGAAAAAUGUCCCCAAUUUCCCAGACGUCCUUCAGGUGUGGGUCUCUCUUUUAAAGACAGCCAUUGAAGAUGACGAAGCCAUUAUCAAGUCAGUGGUUGAGCAAGAGUGGAAGGGGAUCAACUUGAAAGAUUUUGGAGAACCAAAGGGCAAAGGCAUCUUCGCCACCAUGCCGUUCUCCAAAGGGGAUGUCGUCUGUGACUAUCACGGGAAGCUCAUCUCAGAAUCAGAGGGGAAGAAGAUGAUGGAAGAAAAGCAGGAGGGAAUGAGCUACCUAUUGUUCAUCUUCAAGGGCAGGCUAGACACCAAGCUAUGCAUGGAUGCGGAGACGUUCCCCUGUGAGUGUCAACCUGGGAAAGAGACCUUUGGCAGGCGCAUGAACCACUCUGGCAAGGCUUUCAACGUGAAGCCUGAGGUCUUCCACUUGAGCUGUCCGGACGGACAGAAGGACACUUUAUAAUAAGAAGACUGAGCUUGUGCAUCAUUUGUUAAUAGUUCCUUAGGUAGUUUUUUUGGUAUAUAGUUAGAGAUAGGUGGUUA